UGGACGAACACGGCGUCCAGGUGAAACCCCGGCAAACUGCCAACGCAUUUCCCUCCAUUGCAAGAACCGCGGAACGUCAACAACCGGCGCGUGAAUAACAAGUGCCACCGUGUACCCAAACCCAGAAUCCAGGCGGCGGCGGCGGCUGAAGUUCCCGUAAUUUUAUCGGAAACUACCAUGGCGGUAGAUAAUUUCAUGGAAAUUCAAAUUCCGCACCAGAAACACUACCAUGGAAGCUAUUUCCCGUUAGUUUUAUCGCCAUCUUCAGCUUCUUUCACCAUCUCAUCCUUCACUCGAGCCAUCGAGGCCCAGAAACCAUUACUCGAUUCGCUGAUUCUCAAAUCCGGAGCAGUACUCUUCAGAGGUUUUCCGGUUGAUGCAGCAUCUGACUUCAACGACGUCGUAGAGUCCUUUGGUUUCGAGGAGUUUCCGUACGUCGGAGGCGCAGCUCCUCGAACUAGGGUUGUUGGUCGGGUUUUCACCGCCAACGAGUCUCCGCCGGACCAGAAGAUCCCGUUUCAUCACGAAUUGGCCCAGGUGCCUGAAUUUCCUGCCAAAUUGUUUUUCUAUUGUGAAGUGGAGCCUACAAGUGGGGGAGAAACACCCAUUGUUCUUAGUCAUGUUGUUUAUGAGAAAGUGAAAGUGAAAUAUCCAGAGUUUGUUCAGAGGUUGGAAGAACAGGGUUUAAUUUACACAAGGAUUUUGGGAGAAGAUGAUGAUCCAUCAUCUCCAAUUGGCCGUGGUUGGAAAUCUACAUUCUUGACUGACGACAAGCGCAUUGCUGAAGAAAGGGCAGCUAAGCUGGGAAUGAAGGUUGAAUGGUUAAAUGAUGGAGUGAAAACUGUUAUGGGUCCAAUCCCAGCAAUCAAGUACGACGAAGUGCGGCAGCGUAAGAUUUGGUUUAACAGCAUGGUUGCAGCAUACACCGGCUGGGAAGAUGCAAGGAACGACCCCGUAAAGGCCGUAACGUUCGGGGACGGUACUCCAUUGCCAGCUGAUAUCAUCUACGACUGCUUGAGAAUUCUGGAAGAGGAGUCUGUUGCCAUUCCUUGGCAGAAGGGAGAUGUUUUGCUGAUAGACAAUUGGGCUGUUCUUCACUCUCGUAGGCCUUUCCUCCCUCCUCGCCGUGUGCUAGCUUCACUUUGCAGGUAAAUCCUUCACAAAGCCCUUAGAAACUAAUGAAAAAGCAUGUAGGACUAAGAUCAUGCUUGUGCCUUGAUCUGAUGAUUGAUUUAUUGACAUAAAGUGAAAUCUAUGUUCUUAUUCAUCAUCUGUGUGUAUAUUGAAGGUGUUCAUGCUUGAAAUUAAUAAUGUUAUUGCCCUUGGCUUUCUCCUGCCUUGAUGUGUCGUGGUUUGCGCUCGUUCGAGUGAAAACAUCGAAUACAAUUUCAUUUUCUAUCC